AAACUUGAAAUGACCUCCACAUGUAACACCAGUCCUGUUUUGAGGGUUUUCUAAUUGUUGCCACUGAAGAGCACCUGCUGUUAAUUCCAUGAACACCAAUACAGCUGAAAUUGAUUAACGAAGCCCUCAGCUGCUGAACCAACCAGAAAGUUAUCAGACAGGUUUAAUUCAAUUCAUGACAGGCCCAAGAAAAAAAAAGAGUUCCUUUAAUUUUUGUGAGCAGUAUAUAUUCCAUGACCGGUGUUGGGGCAUCUGAUGCACCCACCUUAGACUGCCACCCAAUCCACAUUGCACAGACCCUAUUUGAGCCCUCCUGCAGGUGGUGGGUCCACUAGAAAUGUCUUAUAGUGCAAGCCCCAACCCCGGUGAGGCCAAUCUAGGCGAUGCAAAAGUAUCUUGAUGGGUAGUACUCUUACAGGGGUUAUGAACUGCUCUUUGUCUGGAUGGUCACCUAGGACCUGUCUGCCAUUAGAGUCCCAACCAGGAGCAUAAGUCCCAGACAGCGCAGCUCUUGAGAUCACUCGAGCUCUCAAACCAUGUUAUGGUUCUUGGACAGCCCUGGAAUUCCUCGAGGUCCUCCUCCCUGAGGAGGUGGAAUAAUUGAAUGCCAGGGAAAUCUGGGAAUGUUUGCCUGGACUGCUGCCCCCAUAUCAAUGAAUUAAUAUAAAACAGGCCUGCAGUAAGGAUAAUACCCUAUUAAAAAUAGAAAAUAUUGUGACAACAAGGAGAUGUGAAAGGAUCGAGGGUUGGCAGCUCCAGGCCUGAAGAGCCAGUUCAUAUUUUCCAGAUAUUCUUGUCCAAUCCACCACUGAUUAACUCGUUCUAGUGUGUCCAGCCAAUCAGAACACGACAGUGCAGGGUAUGAUAGAAAACACACAGGAAUGUAACUUUCAAUCCCCACCCCUGAUCCUGAAUUAGCAUUGCAGCUGUUUUUAUUAAGCUUCUAAUACUUCUGGACUGACUCACUUGAGUCUUCAAUCAUUCAAUCUGUGCCAGUUUUUUUUACUUCUAUAAGGUGUUUCAAUGGCAGUUUUAGAAACAUUGAAUAGCACGAUUGAAUAGUCUUUCAGGACAGGGAUUUAGUCUUGUUUGAUUUUUCAGACCACACCUACAGUAUAUAUCUACCUAAAGAUGCAAAUCAGAAAGCUGCAUACCUGAGAUAGAAUGCAUAAGCAGACACUUGGUUUCUUAGUUUCAUUUCUUUCCUUGAUUUAGUAACAAGUCGCAAGAAGCUGAAGAGAGAAGAGAACUAAAGACAUCAUGCAUCAAACAAAGGCGACUCCUCCUGUUCCCCUUCCACGGAAGCACUUGACCUCUAAGGCAACAUCUCUUGACGAGGAGCAGCUACGUUCUAACCGUUCGCCUGAGGCUCCGGCAGAGACAAGUCCCUGUCCGACCAAACCACCCCCGGUGCUGCCCAAAACAAAGAUCAUCAGGCAGAAAUCGGAAAUGAUUCAAACUUUUCCACUUUAUGAAGAAAUGCAGCCGCCAACGUAUGAAGAAGUGUUGAAGGACAUGGACAAACACUUUUAUAAGAAUGGCCAUGGAGCACCUCCGGCUCUCCCAAUUAAAACCCCAAAAAGCAAGCCUGAUAUUCAAACAGUCGCCACGAUUGACCAGCCACUUUCCAGCAUGAACAUGUCUUGGAAAGAUUGCUACAAUGACCUUAAGGACAAAGGGGCAAGUGAGAAAAGAAUCAUUGAAACCCUUGCUGAAUAUCUGUAUGAGGAAGUCCAGAAGUAUAACAGCCUGAUGACUGAGGAUGGUAAAAGUCUCAGGGAAGCCAUCGAUGAUUUGCGCUCCAUUGCCGCGAACUUAAAUAAGGUUUCUAAAGGGACAAAGAUUGCUGGCAUCACAGGAGGAGCUACAACAGCGUUAGGAGGCGUGGCUGCAGCUGCUGGGGUGAUUCUGUCUCCCUUCACCAUGGGAUCCUCACUGGCUCUCACUGCAAUCGGAGUGGGCGUGGCUACAGCGGGCGGGGUCACUGGAGCAUCAGCAGCCAUAACAAACAAGGCAAAUUUUUCCAGUGACAAGAAGAAAAUUCAGCAGACCCUGCAAGACUUUGAGGAUCACCAUGAGAAAAUUCGCUCCUGCCUGGAGUUCAUCAUCGAGGGCAUAGAUCAGCUGAAGCUGCACGGUGUGUCCACUCUGAGCCAAACCAAGACCAGGUCAGAGAAAGCGACGAAGAUGCUGAAGAUGGUUACCGGAGACAUGAGUGCCAUGGCUGGAGGCAAAUGCACCAAAGUUUCCGGGACCAUUCAAGGGUUUGCCCUUGGGAUGGAUUUAUACUUCACCAAAGGGAAAGACGGGCAAAAGCUGAAAAAAGACCUCAAGUCAAAGUUUGCUAAAAAUAUUGAAAAGCUCGCAGAGGAUCUUGAGGAAGGCUUCAAAGAGCUCUCCGACAUUUUUGUUUUGUUUGGUAAGCAUUAUUAAGCCGCUCAUGUGAUUCGUAAUUUGUUUAUUGUUGCUUUUUUAAGUACAUAUUUUUGCAUUUACCUUUGGUACAUUUUAUGUGGGACAUGUUGGUUUGAAUUGCUGGUAAAUUUACACAAACAUUAAAAAUGUCAGAAUAAAACAAAAAAAUUUAUAAUAGAUUACAUUUUGUAACUUUUGUAUCUGUUUUUUCCAUUGUCAAAAUUAAAAUAAAGAUAUUUAAAAAAUAAAAGUUUGGAGAAUCAUCAUUAUAAAAGAAGCAACCCACACAGAUGUCAUUGGUUGAGACAUGCAGAUAUUUUUUGAAAAAUGUUGCCUCUAGGAUAAAAUUUUUAUUCUCUUAUCGUUUUUCUUUUUGACUCUAUUGAUAGCACUAUGACAGCAAAAGACUCAUUUAAAUGAAGAGGGAUCUUGUGUUAAGUCACGAACACCAGUUAAAAUAUGUUUCCUGCUUGACUGGAAAAACGGGGUUUGAGAGAAAAUAAAAAAACAUCUUGAUCUGCGUGGAACUCUGGUC